AUGAAGAUUUUCAUGAUCCUUCUCAUCGUGCUCCUCACCAUCUCCACCGUCUCCGCCUGGGCCGGCAACUCGCGACUCAUCAACUGCACUGCCAUCAGGCGGCCAUGUGGAUUCUCGUCAAAAUGCAUCCAUGGAAGAUGUUACCCUAUCCCUGGACCGUCGACUGGACUCGAUGGAUCAACCGUCGACGGCUGUUAUGCUCAUGGUUGUGAGAAGCCUUAUGAGUGUGUCAUGGGAAAGUGUGUUUUCCGUCAAAUUUGA